ACCGAGCGCUAGGACAUGGGCGCACAGCGCUGAAUGCUUUUACACUUGUGCACUAACCGCGCACGACUAACGACUUCAGUGGUGGCAGUCCAUCAGCUGUUUGACGCUUCAAAAAUAUUCAUCCCGUGUCUCGACACUUUUGUCGUCUCACCUGCACGUACCGUGCUCGGGAGAGGUGUCCAGUGAUGGAGCAGGAUAAGUACUUACCAGAGCUGAUGGCCGAGAAGGAAAGCCUGGACCCGUCUUUUAUACACGCCAUGCGCCUUCUCGCCGAAGAAAUCGAAAAAUACGAAGGGGGCGAACUCAGAAAAGAUGGGGAGGUGAAAAAAUACUUGGAUGUCAUCAGUAACAAAAACAUCAAGCUGUCAGAGAGAGUGCUCAUUCCAGUGCAGCAGUAUCCAAAGUUUAAUUUUGUUGGGAAACUGCUCGGGCCCCGGGGCAAUUCCAUGAAAAGAUUACAAGAAGAAACAGGAGCUAAGAUGUCCAUCCUUGGGAAGGGCUCAAUGAGGGAUAAAGGCAAGGAAGAAGAGCUAAGGAAAAGUGGAGAGGCGAAAUAUGCCCAUUUGAGCAAUGAUCUCCAUGUCUUAAUUGAAGUCUUUGCACCACCCGGAGAGGCCUAUUCCCGCAUGAGCCACGCCUUGGAGGAGAUUAAGAAAUUCCUGGUUCCUGACUACAACGAUGAGAUCAGACAGGAGCAGCUUCGAGAGCUCUCCUAUCUCAAUGGCUCCGACGACCCGAGCAGGCCAAGGAGUGCCCGGGGGCGGGGCAUACGACUGACCUCUGCGGCUGCCACGCGGGGUCGAGGGGGAGUAGUGCCACCUCCUCCUCCUGGUCGAGGAGCUGCAGCUCCCAGGGGAGCGGUGGGAGCCCGCACCUCCCUGCCCACCACUAUGCUAGCCAGAGGAGUCUCAGUACCCCGGGCCAGAGGGACCCCUGGGACCCCCGGCUACAGACCCCCUCUCUUACAGGCCACACCCAAGACCUAUGAUGACUUCGGUUAUGAUGAUGGAUAUGACGGGGAAUAUGAUGACCAGAAUUAUGAGGUCUAUGACGAUGGCUAUAGCAACCAGUCCAAAAGUGUGUCAGAAUAUUAUGAAUAUGGACAUGGGACCAGUGAUGACACUUACAACAGUUACGCUGAAGAGGAGUGGACUCAGGCCCGGCCUGGUCUGAAAGCUCCAACAGCAAGGCUUGCCAGAGGGGUCUACAGGGAACACCCCUAUGGUAGAUACUAAAGGUGCUCUAGAGCAGUGAGCUCCCCUUACUGGCAAAUAACCUCAAAAAACAAAACAAAACAUGUAUUUACUUCCAAAUUUAACCUCCCCUAACCAAGGAGCAAGAAAGUGCUUACAGCACUUGGUCCCUUCACUGUUUUGAUAACUUGACUUAUUUAUAGGAUAUAUUAAGAAACACAGUUGAAAUCUAGGUCUGGCAAGACUCUUGCUUAAACAAAAUACUUUCACUGGAAUGCUACUUCACUUAGUUGUCUAAUGUUUGCUCCCCCUGAAUCUAAAGCAUGGGAUUUCCUACAAAUUGAUGCUUCCUUGUUCUUGGCAACCAUUUCACCAAGGCAAAAACUUCUACUCCUAAGUACUACACACCCGUAUUGUACACUAACAUCUUUCUUAAUACUUUUUGAUUUCAUGACAGUAAAUAAUGAGUUUGUAUAUUUGAUUUUGAUAUCAGUAUUGGGAUUGAAAGCAAUCAGCUAUGUAUGUAGCUACCUACAAGUGCUCUGCUUUGUGUGUAGCCUGUAUUUGUACAUAAAUAUGUAAUAAAAAGUACAUAAAGCACCUUGUGUAAGCUUCUCUAAAUAGGUGACCAUAAUUGUUAAAUUUUUGUUGCCAUAAUUUGUUAAUAGAUCUGACCAGUUUUGUAAAAUUAGAUAAGUACAUAGUUGUUUUUUUAGUAAUAAAUGCCUGUUUUAGUUCAGGAAAUUGCUAAUAUGUUUUUUUUUUAUACACUUAACAAAGAAAAGCAACAAAAAAUGAACUUUAGGCUGUCGAGACAUUUUGUGUAACAAUAGAUAAGAUACAUUAAUACAAUUCCAACUUUGUUAAAUAAUUUUAACACUAGCACUAAAUUGUUCAUUGAAUCUUGAAUCGUCAUUUAAAUGUUUAAGGUGUUAAUGGAA